CUCUCGAACUAUAGUGACAGAAACGCGUUGUCAUCUGGUUCGGACAACGUGAUGCACACGUGUAGAUAGAAAGUGCAUAAAAUCUAACAAAAGAAACCUUUAUGUUUCUUUGAAAGUCCAUGUUGACCAAACCUGAGUAUCGUAAAAAACAAGACAUCUGUUGAAGAUCGUACAUGACUGAACGGAAACUUUUAAUUUUAUACAGCCUUUGCUGUGUUGAUUAAAAGACCGAUGGGUUUAAUGUCCUAUUGCACCGACUGCGGAAAAUCGAUAAUUUAUGUUACGUCGUUGAUAAAUCUACGUAGUACCUGUUGAUUUUCGGUUGAAGUUUCUUGUAAGAAAUCCACAGGUGGAAUAAUCCAAGCAAUAUUAUUUGAAUAAAAAAUAUUUAGAGCUUUUUCAAACAAGAAAUGCAUGUCUUUUAAUUGAAUCAUGCCAACAGACUAUUCAUAUAAUUAUGAAUUAUGUGUAGAUAUGGAACAAAUUGGAGAGCAACCUCUGUCGUUAGAAGGCUUCAAGCCUCUAACAAUUUUAAUGGAAGUUCUUGGUGCAAUAUUGAUAAUCUUAGUUACAGUUUGGUGCAACAGUUAUAGAAAUGGUUUUUCAUGGAGAUCUAAUCCAGAUUUGGAGUUCAAUUGGCAUCCUAUGUUGAUGGUCAUUGGAUUUGUUUUUCUUUACGCGAAUGGGAUGUUAAUAUAUAGAACUCAACGGGAUGCUAAAAAACGCCGUCUAAAGUUAAUUCAUGGUGGUAUAAUGUUAUCUGUUGUUGUGUUAGUAGUAAUAGCUCUAGUCGCUGUAUUCGACAGUCAUAAUUUAAGACCGGAACCAAUUCCAAAUAUGUACAGCCUUCAUAGUUGGGUUGGACUUACCAGUGUAAUUUUGUUCUGCUGCCAGUGGCUUGCCGGAUUUCUGUCUUUUCUUUACCCAGGUUUACAAGUACCUCUUCGUGCAUCCUACAUGCCCAUUCACGUGUACUUUGGUAUUGCAGGAUUUGUUGGCGUUAUUGCUUCCUGUCUUUUGGGACUCAACGAAAAAGCCAUUUUCACACUAUCGAAUAAUUAUUCAAAGCUUGUCAAUGAAGCUGUAUUGAUUAAUGUAAUUGGACUCUUUAUCGUUCUUUUUGGUGGACUGGUAGUUUAUCUUGUAACACAAGAACGAUACAAGCGUUUCCCUAAACCUGAAGAUGAAUCUCUGGUUCGAAGGAGAAGCCAAUAAAAAUGGUGAUGACAAAAAAGAUUCUAAAAUAUUUCCGAAUACAGUAAACAAAUUUCUAGGUACAUUUAUAUAAAGUGCCAAAUUAUUUACAUGUUUGUAUUAUUUACAAAAUAUUUAAUCAGUUUAUUUACUUAAAGAUUUUUAAUUUUGUGACUUAUCGUUACAAAAUUUUGAAAAAGAACUGUAUUUGUAUAAUUACGUUUUUUUUUAACACGAAAAUAUCUUAUAUUGCUCACAUCUGUCUUAAAAUUUCCAUUAUUUAUAUGUAACUAUGGUGCUAUUUUAUUAUUUUAAUUAUUAUAAGAAGAAUUAUUAAUAUUAGAUCUGAUUAUAUCACGGAUCUCUUCUGAGAUUCACAAUGUUCAUUUUAUUUUAAUAAUUCUUCCUAUUCCUCGAGUGCUAAUGGUGCCUUUCAUAAACAUAUUAAUUUUAUUUAUGCAAUGUGUAUUUU